AACACAUUUAUUGACAAAAUUAAUUUUCCAUAGCUUAAGACUUAUUAUUGUAUUAACUGAUAUACCUUCCACAAGAGGUCAGCAAAGCUGCCCAUUUAUAUUAAAUGUUUUCACGUUAUGAUGCCACGGAGGAUUAUUCCAUUAGAAUAUCUUUAAGAGGCACAUUUUUGUCACAACUAAUUCUUAUAAUGUAGAUUUUGUUGAUCUUGUUUACACAUGCGUAUGUAUGCGUAUACAUAUUUAUGUAUACAUGUAUAUGCACGUAUGUGUGUAUAUAUGUAUGUCUACAUAUUGGUUUGUUUGUUUUAUAUGUACAAAAGGUCAUUAUCAUCACCAUAAUAUUCAACAGCCUCUGCAUACUUAAAAUUUACCUUCAAAUCUACGGGUAUGAAAGACACUUUACCCAGACGCCCUUCAAAUUUUUACCUUGGAGCUCAUGAGUCAUAAUGACUCCCAUGCAAAUGCCACUUGCUGUGCAGGACUUAAUGUUAACGCAAUGUGACUGCAAACAUUUUCUGAGCAACAGUGGGCUGAAGACAAAGACAUAUACAUUAGGGAUGAUUCAUGCAAUAUUAAUUUGUACACUAACAUCUACUUGUAAAUACCAUGCCCAGUGUACACAUAAACCCAAUAUGAUGCAUUAUUCAUGAGUGUUCCAUUACUUUAUACACAAAACUGAAAUAAAGUGUUGGAUGACUUGCUAAUAUGAGAGAAAAACUAAGAUGUAUAAACUUUUUGUCAGAAAUUCGUCGUAUCUAUAGCAUCAUAUAGCCGAGGUUAAUAUGUGAAAACAUUAUAAAGUUAAAUAAGGUCACUUCUGAACUCCUAAUGUAAAACCCUCAGAAGAAUACUAAAGGAAGGCUUUUUGAGCAUUCUUUUGAGCAAACAUCAACCUAAGAUGCCAGCCGUAAAACGUACCAUAAGGAAGGAGACAAACUAAGGCCGGCUGAGCAUUUAUAUGCAAAGGCCUGCCCUUUAUCCCUCAGUGAUGCAGGAAUGUGAAGGAUGCUGAGCGUCCACCUGAUACUGCUCUGCGCCCGGGGGAGGGUCUCCAGUCUCCACUCUGGCUGCCAUAAUACGGCUCAGCGCAUGUAGACAGGCAGGAGGGGGAAGCACAUCCUCAGAGAGGUCUGCUGGAAACAUGAUCAUCAGGGGAACCUAAACGCAUUCUUCGGAUCCUGUCAGAUGAUUCCACAACUGAGUGCGUUUUGUGCUUUUCUCCAAACGACAUAAGCAGAGACCGGCGUCCGGACGAACCGUGCAGAACGACACAAGCCGAUAUCAGCCGCCGCUACGUGUGAGGCGAGGUCACCGCAGUACCGCGGUUUUCUCUUGUGAUUUGAUCCAAAGCUGAGAGUAACCUCAGGCACUGCCAACGACCUCUGUGAUCUCUUGAUUCAACACUAUUAUCGGUGUCUUAAAUGAUGUGUAGGAGAAGGACUGGGUAGAAAACCCCCAUAAAGUCAACAGAGAAAAGGAAAAGGAACUAGGAUCACAUGGUUGGUAUGGACUGACGAGUCAGCUGAAAGCAGAUCAGUGUGGCUUUGCUUGGAAGUUGACAAUGGUGUUGUUUCUGAUUGGGAUCUCAAUUCCUGUGAAUAAUUCUUCUCAUGAGAACCAAACUGCAGGAAACUCCACCCAUCAGGGUGUGCAUGUGUUGCCUUCAACACUGGUUUUAUCCCUUCUUCUUAUCAUCGUUGUCCUGCUGACAAUCUACUGCCUGCGGUUCAAAAACCACAGGAAAGCUCUGGUUACCUCAGUGGAUAAAAAAAUUCCAAACGGCUUCUUGGAGGAGCAAGGAGAGCAGACAGUGGUCCUCCUCCCAAGAUCUCCUUCACCAUCCAAGAGGUACUUCCCUAUCCCUUUGGACUCAUUGGAGGAGGAGUACCGGAUACGCUCUGCAGAUGAUGGCAAGCUCUUCAGAGAAGAGUUCAAUUCACUGCCGUGUUACUACCACCAUGGGUCCUUUGAGGAGGCGAGCAGAGAGCACAACAGAGAGAAAAACAGAUAUCCAAAUAUUUUACCAUACGAUCAUUCAAGGGUGGUGUUAAGUCAUCUCGAUGGACACUUGUGCUCAGACUACAUAAAUGCAUCUUACAUAGAUGGUUAUAAAGAAAAGAACAAAUUCAUUGCAGCUCAAGGUCCAAAACCUGAGACAGUGGCUGACUUCUGGCGGAUGAUUUGGGAACAGAAAACAACAACUAUAGUAAUGCUGACGAAUUUAAAAGAAAGGAAGGAGGAAAAAUGUUAUCAGUACUGGCCAGAAAAAGGCUGCUGGAUGUACGGGAACAUCAGGGUGGCGUUAGAGGAUGUCAUUGUACUAGUGGACUACACCAUUAGAAAAUUCUGUGUUCAAUAUCAGGGCAGCGAUGGUCCCAGAGCUCCCCGGCUGGUCACCCAGCUUCACUUUACCAGCUGGCCAGACUUCGGAGUGCCAUUCUCACCCAUCGGCAUGCUGAAAUUCCUCAAGAAGGUCAAAGCUGUCAAUCCAUCCUACGCUGGACCUAUUGUUGUGCACUGCAGUGCCGGGGUUGGGCGGACUGGGACAUUCAUUGUCAUUGACAGCAUGAUCGACAUGAUGCACAUAGAACAGAGAGUGGAUGUCUUUGGGUUUGUGAGCAGAAUACGAGAACAGCGCUGUCAACUGAUCCAGACAGAUAUGCAGUACUCCUUUAUCUACCAGGCUCUGCUGGAGUACUAUCUGUAUGGAGAUACAGAGCUAGAUGUGUGCUCUCUGGAGGGCCAUCUGCAGAGGCUUCACAACACCAGGGCUCCCCACGACAGGCUGGGCCUGGAGGAGGAGUUCAGGAAGCUGACCAACGUUCGCAUAAUGAAGGAGAACAUGAGAACUGGGAACCUUCCUGCCAACAUGAAGAAGAACCGUGUGCUUCAGAUCAUUCCGUAUGAUUUCAACCGAGUAAUACUCUCAGUGAAAAGAGGACAGGAGUUCACUGACUACAUCAAUGCCUCCUUUAUUGAUGGCUACAGGCAGAAGGACUAUUUUAUCGCAACCCAGGGCCCACUGUCUCACACAGUGGAGGACUUCUGGAGGAUGGUGUGGGAGUGGAGAUGCCAUUCAAUCGUUAUGCUCACCGAACUCAAAGAGAGGGAGCAGGAAAAGUGUUACCGGUAUUGGCCAUCAGAGGGCAGUGUAACAUUUGGAGAUUAUACGGUGGAGCUGACUGGAGAUACACAGUGUGAAACCUUCACUCUCAAAGACAUGGUUCUCACCUACAGACCAGAAAAGCAGUCACAACAUGUCCGACACUUCCACUUCCACGGAUGGCCUGAGAUCGGAAUACCAGCCGAGGGAAGAGGGAUGAUUGACAUUAUUGCCGCUGUGCAGAGGCAGCAGCAGCAGUCUGGAAACCGUCCCAUAAUUGUGCACUGCAGUGCCGGUGCAGGACGGACGGGCACCUUCAUUGCCCUCAGUAACAUUCUGGAAAGAGUGAAAGCUGAAGGCCUCCUGGACGUUUUUCAGACAGUCAAGAGUUUACGCAUGCAGAGACCACACAUGGUUCAGACCGUGGAGCAAUACGACUUCUGCUACAGAGUGGUCCAGGAUUUUGUUGACAUUUUCUCAGACUACGCCAAUUUCAAAUAGUGUAAUAAUGCUCUGUAUGCUGUGUGUCAAAUUAACAUAUGCAAUUUUUUCUGAAUGUUGUUUUCUAAAGCAAGCAAUUGUAGUAUUUUGCACAUGAGUACAGAUUUAAACUAAAUGGUGUAAUAUACUUUAAUAUAACUGAAAACAUGUGGUCUACAAAAAAGUCUGUCUCUUAUGAGAAUGUUUGAUCUUCAAGUACCCCACUGUAAAAUGUAGUAAUUCAAAUUUUACUUAAUGGCUUGGAUAAAUUGUAAAAAAAAAAAUUAUAAUGCAAAUAUACAACAUUUUAGAAUUGUUAAAGGGAGUAUUAACUGAAUUGCAACAUUAUCAACAUUAUAUAUGUGUACAUAUAUAUAUAUAUAUAUAUAUAUAUAUAUAUAUAUAUAUAUAUGUGUGUGUGUGUAUGUAUGUAUAUUUUCUUACCUACAAAAAUACCCAGUGCAUUGUACAGUGCAACAGUUUUCAUUUUAGUUACUGAGCACAAUGCCUUGAGUUUACAUUGUACUUUAUGUCGCACACUUAACAUGUUUAAUUGGUGUGAAAAGCAAAAAAGUGUGUUUCACAAAUACAGUAGGAUGCAAUUAAUAAUGUUUUUUCUAAAAUAACAUUGACCAGUAUGUGUAACUAGUAUUUAUGAUCUACUUUUAUUUCAAAGUAAAACAUAAAAUUUCAGACAAAAUUCAUUCUGUUAGACGCUGCAAAUUACCUCACUUCUGUCUGGGAAUAACUUAACAGCUGCUGCCUGCUGCAAUAUUAUUCAACUUCACCAACUUUCUUUUUGCCUGUGGCAAUAUUACUUAGUGGAUUCGUGCCUGACUCUGCAAAAUGUAAUUAGCCCACAUUGGAACAGGCAGAAAAUAUUGUAUUAUUACAUGAAUUCAAAUGUAUCAUUGCAGUCACAUUUUACUUUAAAAAAAAAAAUUUUUAUACACCUUUUUGCAUGUUUGCAUAAAGCAGUGCCAUACUGAUUAGAAGUUCUAGUCGUGAAAGACUUGUCACCAAGUGACACAAUUUUAAUAAAGAUAAGACAGAUGUAUACUGUAUGUUUAAUUUAGAUAUUAUAUAUACAUUUUUAAAAAAGCAUUGUUUUUCAAUGGUGGUCUCAUGUAUGGAUCAUCGGCUAACUGUUUGUAGAGACACUUCUCAGAAUCUAAAUUAUAUAUGUAAGUGUGUAAGAAAAGAGAGGAAAAACACAGUAGAAACAGCUGAUAAUUGAUGCAGCUAAACCUUUUUCAUUCACAGGAAGCAAGAAGCGAGAAGAAAGCAUUGAUCUCAAAUAACAAUGCUCGGGCAAAAUAUGAAUCAUGCACACGCUGGCGUUUUUUGACUGUAAUAGCUACAGUUGUCUUGGUUUCAUAUUUAAAUGGCAAAAACAAAGCAUAUAUUUUUGCAAGGCUUCUACUUAAUUAUUUUUCAACAGUAUGCUCGGGAGUUUUGGUGAAGAGCUUUCUACUGUGUUUGUACUUUCAUUAUUGUAACUUUGUAAGAUUGGUUCAUUCAUGACACACUGAUCAUUUUCUUCAGUUAAUUUAGUAUGUACAUAAAUACUAGUGGCCAUUGAUCAUCACUAAGGUUUACUGCAAUGUGGACUUUAAUCUUUUGUCAUGCAGAAGGAAUAUUAUGAAGUAAGGGUAUUGACAGUGAGACCUUGCUGCAGAUGUUAGAAAUGCACAAGCAUCUUGUUUCAGUGAUGUUUCUGCCUUUUCCAUCUGUAUGGAUUUGAACAUUGUUUUCUGAAAGCUGAAUCCAAUAAAUAUUUGAUGGUAAGGA